CGUGUUUAUUUGCACCGAUGCAGACUCGCGGUGAAUAGAAGGUUAGAUGGGGAAAGUGUCGUUUUCCUUUUAGAAUAAAGUCGUUUAGAAAACCUAUCCGAACAAGAUGUCUGUUGCUGCCUUGCGUAUGAUCCGAUGUAGGAGGCUGAGCACGGCUGGUCCAGGAGUAAAGAAAGCUGUUUCCUGGAAGGAUCUCAGGAAGAUGGCAAAGGUUACUGGAGCUGUUGUCUUUGGAGGCUGCAUUUUCAUCACCUAUGAAGUCACAUCCCUGAGCAAAGCUGUGACCAUCGACACCCAGGCCAUCCUGCAGGAGAAACACAAGUCCUACAUCUAUCUCAGCUCCUCGUCCCUCACGGAGCCAGAGGCCCUCGCCACGGGUCUGACCCAUCGAGCUCGGAGGGAGCUGCAUAAGGCUGCCAGGAGGUUCCUGGAGAUCUCCUCAAAAGUCCUUUUACGGCCACUAGAUGAGCACCUGAGUCAUAAGGACUUGGACCCUCAUGAGUGUGCUUUGUGGGUUCUGCUGAAAAGGACGCGCUCAGCCAGCCGGACAGAGAGACUCCAGGCCGUCAGAGACCUGGCACACAACACACACUGGCAAGAGUACCAGUACCAGACGGCAGCGCAGGCAUUGGAUCAGCGCACGGCGGUGGGUUUGGCCCGCACGCCUCAUGUGGACCUGCGCUUCUUCCUCCCGCCCCCCCACCUGCCACAGGUGGACCACGGCUUCUCGUUAGAGGACGGCCUAAGGCACCUGCUGGCGUCUCUGCCCCAGUCGGAGGUGGAUGUUUGUGUGCAGUACUUCACCUCUCUGGCCCUGAGGGAGAGCAGCCAAGCCCUCGCCGCACAGAGGGGGGGGUUGUGGUGCUUUGGGGGGAACGGGCUGCCCUACGCCCAGAGUCUCACCUCCAUCCCCUCCGAGAAGGUGGAGUCCUUCUGCCUGCAGGCUCUGGUGAUGCACUCAAAGGUCCCCAGUCACUGUGAGCACAUUGUGAGUAACGGGGGGCUGCAGCUGCUCCAGAGGGUUUUCCAGUUCCGCUCCGACUCCCAGAAGAUCCAGAGGAACAUCGUACGCAUCAUCGGGAACCUGGCCCUCAACAACAACAACCACGCCGCAAUAGUGCAGUCAGGCUGGUUGGCUGUUCUGGCUGAGAUGGCCCAAUCCCCCCACGUCAUGCAGGCGUCACAUGCUGCCCGAGCGCUGGCCAACCUGGACAGAGACGCCGUGCAGGAGAAGUACCAGGACGGAGUGUACGUGUUGCACCCGCAGGGACGCACCAGUCAGCCGGUGGAGGCUGACGUCCUGUUCGUGCAUGGGCUGCUGGGGGCGGCCUUUAAGACCUGGAGGCAGAAGGACCUGGACCAAUCAGGAGACGGCUCCAAGGACCUGGACCAAUCAGCAGCCGGCUCAGCCCCGAGAGGGCGGGAGGACUACACCGAGUGCUGGCCGAAGACAUGGCUGGCCAGUGACUGCCCCUCCCUGCGUGUUCUCUCCGUCGAGUACGACACUCACCUGAGUGACUGGAGAGCCAAAUGUCCUGCUGAAAACCAGAGGAAGUCGCUGGCGUAUCGGAGUGGGGAGCUGCUGAAGAAGCUGAAGGCGGCGGGUGUUGGAGACAGACCCGUGGUGUGGGUGGCACACAGCAUGGGAGGGUUGUUGGUGAAGAAGAUGCUCCUAGACGCCUCCAGGGAUCCAGAUCUGCAACCCCUCCUGAAGAACACCAAGGGCAUCUUGUUCUACAGUGUUCCCCACCACGGCACCUUCAUGGCCGAGUACUCCGUCAACGUGCGCUACCUGCUCUUCCCCUCCAUAGAAGUGAGAGAACUCUGUAGAGACUCGCCUGCACUUAAAGACUUGAAUGAGAAUUUCUUGAACAUUGCCAAAGAGCGAGAGAUCAGAGUCCUGAGCUUCGCAGAGACUCUCCCCACAACCAUCGGCCCGAUGAUCAAGAUCCUCGUGGUGCCAGAGCAGGCUGCAGAUCUGGGCAUCGGAGAAAUCAUCCAAGUGGACGUUGAUCAUCUGAACAUCUGCAAACCAGAGCAGAAGGAUUCUUUUCUCUACAAGCGCACUUUACAGUUCAUCCAGGACGCACUUGCAAUACACAACGCCCAAUAAGGAUCAACAAGAGUACUCCAGAGGACUCAUCACACAAUAAGCACACAUAGGACACAACAAGGAUGCUCAAUAUGACACAGGACUGCUCACACAAUAGGACACACAGAAGUAAGGAUGCUCUGGGACUGAAUGGAGUGUCCUCUGUGGAGGCCUAGACACGCCCACUAGACAACACAGAAGCCCCCUAAAACCAGAUAUUUGAUUUAGGACCAGCGUGGUACAAUACCGCUGUCACAGAAGCCCCCUAAAACCAGACAUUUGAUUUAGGACCAGCGUGGUACAAUACCGCUGAUUUAGGACCAGCGUGGUACAAUACCGCUGUCACAGAAGCCCCCUAAAACCAGAUAUUUGAUUUAGGACCAGCGUGGUACAAUAGCGCUGUCACAGAAGCCCCCUAAAACCAGAUAUUUGAUUUAGGACCAGCGUGGUGCAAUACCGCUGGUGCAGUGGUCUGGUGCUGUGGGCUCGCUAGAGUACUGCAGUCUGGUGAGUGUAGAAGACCAGUACCGUAUUGCUACGCAUGACCGUGUGAGGCCCUCAUGAUAACAUGAGGGCAGCAGGUAGUGUUCACCAUGACCCGAAUUAAUGACCCUAACCCUAGUGUUGACCCUAACCCUAAUUAAUGACCUGAACCCUAAUUAAUGACCCUAACCCUAAUUAAUGACCCUAAACCUAACAUUGACCCUAAUCUUAGUGUUGACCCUAAUCCUAGUGUUGAUCAAAACCUUAAGGCUGUAGGUGCUGUGUGUUCCUUUACUAGUACCCUGUGCACUCUGACCCUGUGCACUCUGACCCUGUGCUCUCUGUGCACUCCGACCUCUGACCCUGUGCACUCUGACCCUGUGCACUCUGUGCACUCCGACCUCUCACCCUGUGCACUCUGACCCUGUGCACUUGGUUGUCUUAAGACAGAAUCGUAUCAGUUUCCAGAGUUUAGUUCCCCCUCAUGUUUACAGAAGCAAACUCUGCAGGACAUAUAGACGUGUGUGUAACUACAGUAUGAUAUAUGUCCAUAUUAUGCACAUACAGUAGAGGGAGCUCUUUAUAUGCACAUACAGUAUAGGGAGCUCUUUAUAUGGACAUACAGUAUAGGGAGCUCUUUCUGUGCUCCAUCAUGUGUGUGUGUAACUAUAUGCACAUACAGUAAAGGGAGCUCUUUAUAUGGACAUACAGUAGAGGGAGCUCUUUAUAUGCACAUACAGUAGAGGGAGCUCUUUAUAUGCACAUACAGUAUAGGGAGCUCUUUAUAUGGACAUACAGUAUAGGGAGCUCUUUCUGUGCUCCAUCAUGUGUGUGUGUAACUAUAUGCACAUACAGUAAAGGGAGCUCUUUAUAUGGACAUACAGUAGAGGGAGCUCUUUAUAUGCACAUACAGUAUAGGGAGCUCUUUCUGUGCUCCAUCAUGUGUGUGUGUAACUAUAUGGACAGUAUAGGGAGCUCUUUAUAUGGACAUACAGUAUAGGGAGCUCUUCCUGUCUGUGUCGUGUGUGUGUAACUAUAUGGACAUAAGGAUAGUGAUUUCUGUCUGCAUCACACAUACUUCCACUGUGUGUUCCAUGGCCCUCUGAGCACUUAGUCCAUUUAUAUGAAUUCUUAAUAGUUUAUAUUGUUGGUCAUUUGCACUUUCCAUGCCCAGAGAUUCUUGUGCAGAGCUGUUCAUUCAGAGUUUUACAUGUUUGUUUCCACUGUUAAAAGCAUCAACACCAGACUUGAAAACUGCCUUUUGAAAUGUUGCCAGAGGCUUGUCCCUCCCCUACCUCAGGAGCACCUCAGUGCGUUCAGCUAUUUAUUUUAUUUUAUUCUUUUAUGGAUGUGUUUGUCAUGACAGAGCCUGCAAGCUCAUGCUGAAAUGAAUAAAUUGACAUAUUGCUUCGACCCUACAGGAUAUGACAUCAGUAGGCUGCUACUGAUCAGAACGCAGUGUCACACUCAUGUAUUGCCCUUUGUCUUGAAAAAGAAGUCCUAUGGCCUAUUUUAAUGAAAUAGUUACAAUAAAGUGGCUUUAUUCAAUA